UGCAAGAAUCUGUCCCAUUUGCCCAAAGAUUCGAUAUUGGAGAGCUCUUUGACCGUGGCUCUGCUCUUUCUCUCUGUAUCCUAUACCCUUCAGCACUGGCCCCAAUAGGCCCAUGAGAGGCGAGAGAGGAAGAGAGGACUCCUCAGAGGAUCUCUUCCGCAAAAGUCUCAACUUUGGGGACGAUGGCGAGGAGGAGAGGGCGGAAAAGACGAGGCCUUUGAGAGGGGAGGGGAGACUCGACGAAGGAUCCAAAGAUCUGUUCCCCGAGCUCAAAGAUCAGGACGGGAUAAUGGGUAGAGGUGGUCGAGCACCGGAGAGCCGAAUCCCCAAUAGACCCUUGAGGGGAGUAGGGAGAGAAGAUUUCGGCCAUUCUCGCUGGAAAAUCGGGAAUCGUGGUGAAGAUUAUAAAGAAUUUUUUUUAGGACCAAAAUCAGCGUCUCUAUUCGCUGAUGGGCCCAAGAGUGAAGAGAAAAAUAAAGAAUCAACCGACAUCGGUGAUCAGUCGAAGGAUUCUGCUAAGAUAGAGAAAGGAGGUGAUAAGACUGGAGAUACCCUCUUCAAAAAAUUGAAUCUUGGAGAUGCUGGCAGUGGUGGAAACGUGGAGGUAGCUCCUCAGAAGAAAUCGAAACAAUCCUCUGGACCGGACUCUGUGGCGCUGGAGUCCGUUCCAGAAGAUGCUGAUGAAAUUUUCAGGAAAAUGAAGGAGACGGGUCUCAUCCCUCUUUUCCUUUUUUUUAUCCCUAAUGCGGUCGCCAUGCUUGAUGGGCUCUGCAAGGAUGGCUUGAUUCAAGAAGCAAUGAAGCUAUUCGGGUUAUUGCGUGAGAAGGGAACAGUCCCUGAGGUUGUGAUUUACCCGGCCGUUGUGGAAGGGUUUUGCAAGGCAGCAAAGUUUGAUGAUGCAAAGAGGAUUUUCAGGAAGAUGCAGAAGAAUGGGAUUGUGCCGAAUGCUUUUAGCUACGCAGUUCUGAUUCAGGGCUUGUGCAAAGGGGGGAAAUUGGAGGAUUCUGUUGAGUUCUGCAUGGAGAUGUUGGAUGCUGGACAUCUACCAAACGCGGCAACAUUCACUGGUUUGGUUGAUGGGUGUUGCAAGGACAAGGGGGUGGAGGAAGCUGGGAGCUUGGUAAGGACUUUGAGGGAGAGAGGUUUUGCUGUAGAUGAGAAGGCUGCUAGAGUGCAUUUGGACAAGAAAGGUCCAUUGUCUCCAGUGGUUUGGGAAGCUAGUUUUGGGAAGAACUCACAGAGACCCUUUUGAUCUCACUCUGGGUUUAACAGGCUAAAAAAGGAGGACUUGAAGAAUGUCAUAUGAGAGAAAGGGAACCAUCAUGGAGAACAUUGUGGUUCCGGAAAAUGGAAGAGGCCAAGGCCAUGAAGAAAGGGAAAGGAAAUCCUACUUAGUUUCCUCAAUGAAUGUUUUCCAAAAAUAAUUUAUUGCUAAAAUCGUCAAGAACUUUGUGAAUUAUCAAUCAAUUUUUUGUUUUUUAAACUAAUAAUUUCUUGAUGACAACUUUGUGAAGUAUUAGAAAGUUUUCUACAAGAAGUUUUGUCUCUUGUACUAGCUCAAACAUGCCUUAAGAAAUACGGCAAAAAAAAAAUUAGCUUCUUCACAA